AAUGGAAAAAACCUACAACCAGCAGAGGUACGUCCCUCAUCGAAUGUCACUGCAGCUCCAUCUUUUCAGAAUGAAACAUAUGUUGUUUCACCACCAAAAACUGAAGUGGGCACGGAGGAGAAGGUUCAAAUAACCUGUGUCCAAAGUGUAAAUCAGUUCUAUGGCCAUUUUGCACAAAAUACUGAAACGGUCAUGAAAAUGACCAUAGAUAUUCAACAACUGUGCCAAAAGCAACCACAAGCAAAGUUUUCAAUUUACCCUAAGAUGAUGUGUCUUGCUAAAUACGCUGAUGGGCUGUGGCACCGAGGACAAAUUGAAUCAAUGCAUCCGAAAAUACUUGUCCAAUUCGUAGACUAUGGUGACCUGGUGGUUUUGGAGAAAUCUGAUAUUCUGCCACUUCCUCCAAAGGCUAGUGAAAUUGCAUCCAUUCCCAUUCAGGCUGUUCAGUUUGAACUUUUCAAUGUAACAUUACCUGAGCAAUGUGAGCUUAAUGAGUGGUUUAAAAACUAUGCUACAGACUGCAUGUUCACUGCCAUUGUGAAACAAAAUUCAGGCAAACUAUCAGUGGAGAUUUAUGAUGAGAAAACCAACCUCAACUCAAAAAUUAAAGAGCAGUGGAACAAAACAUCCAAAGGAAAAGGUUUUACCUUCAGCAAAGGAACGGAAAAGGCUCGUAUUUUCAGUAAGUCUGCAGAAGGCGUGGAGUCUAGAGGUGAGAGACACAAUUUCAGAACUACAUCAAAAGCACAUAAGACCUCUAAGAAGGUCCCAAAACCAGUUGUUGAAGACACAUUGGAACAAAACUUCCAGACUGUUACUAGUCACACAACUGGACACAGUAGAGCUAAGCCUAUUGUUUUACAGCAACAAGUGUCAAGUCAUUAUUCAAAGCUCACAGAUCUUCCCCCGAGAGCCUUGGGUGCAGGAUAUGUUUCAGACAUCUAUGUUUCACAUUGUAAUAGUCCAUCAAGUUUUUUUGUACAAUUGGCAAGUGAUGGUGAAAUAUUUUCCCUUCUCGACAAACUUAAUUCGGCUCCAUUAAGUGAUGCACAAGUUGAACUAGACCUGUUGCAGUCAGGUGACUUGGUCGUAGCUGAAUAUACUGCUGAUGGUGCCUGGUAUCGGGCUGUUGUUCAAGACAAGAAAAAUGGCAUAGUUCAGGUGCAGUUUAUUGACUUUGGCAAUGAGGCAACACUCCUGCCCCAUAAAAUAAGGCAACUUGACAAGCAGUUCCUCAGCAGCCCCAGGUUCAGUAUUCAGUGCACACUUGAAGAUGGUAGAAGGGGAAAAAGAGAUUGGACCCAGGAAGAGAUAAUGACUUUCAAAAAAGCAGCAAGUGAAUAUGGUGAGAAGAAAAUUCAAUGCAAGUUCAUCCAAAAGGACGCAUCUGCUUGGAUUGUAAGUUUAGAACUUGAACUUGAGGAAAGGCAUUUGUUUAAUGCCGUUCUCAAACCAGGUGCUCAACCUGAAUCCCAAAUGCACUGCAAUGAAUGUACCCAGCCGUUUGCAUUCAAGGAACCAGCUAUAACUCAAGGACAAAUUGUAGAUGCAUAUGCUUCAUCUAUCUUUGGACCAAAUUACUUCUGGUGCCAGUUCAAAAACUCAGAGGAACUUGACAAAAUCUCCCUGCUUGCACAAGAAAUAGGAAACUCUAGUCCAACAAAACCAAUUCAGCCAGAUCAGUUAUGCCAGGGACCCUGCCUGGCACUCUUUUCUGACAAGCUAUGGUACCGUGCACAGGUUAUCAAUACACAUUCUAAAACAGUCUCUGUUCAUUUUAUAGAUUAUGGAAAUGAGUCUGAAAUUGACUUGAACUUUGUUAAACCCCUGCCCACCAAGCUCCUGGAAAGCCCUCCACAAGCAUUUCUUUGUCAGUUAGAAGCUUUGGGGUCCGUGGAUGGCAUGUGGAGCGAUGCUGCAGCUGAUAAAUUCUUUGAGCUUCUGGUGGAUGAACCCUUAAAAGUGACUAUUCAGAAUACGGUAAUGUCCUCUGACCUUCCAAACUGUUCUCAGUAUAACGUCAUUGUUGAAUGUAAUGGGCUAAUUGUUAAUGAUCUUAUGAAAGAUUACUGGUGUGACCCCAAGCCUCAAGUUUGUAGCAAAGUGACAGUGGGCGCAAAUAUAAAACCCACUGCAAGUGAGCACAGUUUUGGAAUAAAAAGCUCUGAAACCGUUCAGAAAGAUAACGCUCCCAAGCUUUACUCUGGCCAGGUAAAUAAUGGAGCAUCAAAUGAUGUAAACCCUGACCUUCAUGGCUUUGACCCUCAGAUUUCUCAGAACAAAUUAGUGGCAGCCGAGACCCAAGAGAAAAGCAUUACGUACCCAACAUUGACCGCGGUAGAUGGAAGCAUGAUGGUUCCUGAACUAUCAGUGCAGUGUUUACCUCAAGCUGUAGAUCUUCCUCUACGUAUGAUAGAACCAGGCAAGGUGUCUGAAGUGUAUGUUUCGCACAUCAACAGCCUGACAAGUUUUUUUGUUCAACUGGUAGAAGAUGAGAACGCAUUAUUCACCCUCACCGAGCUAUUGAAUUCCUAUCAGCCAUCUGAGAAAGAUGAUAUUCAUGCAUCCAGUGUUCAGCAGGGAAGUUUGGUGAAGGCCAUGUUUUCUGAAGAUGAUUCUUGGUAUCGUGCGGUCGUGAAGGAUAUGACUCAAAAUGGCAUGAUUCAGGUAGAGUUCAUAGAUUUUGGAAAUGAGGAAACGGUUUCUCUCCUUAAAAUUUGUAGACUUGAUGUGCCUCUAUUGUCUUACCCGAGGUUCAGCAUUCACUGCAGCUGCAAUCUAGAUGAUCAAUUUAAGAUGCAGGAAGGAAUGGAGCAGACGUUUCUCUUCAAUAAUAUAUUUGGUGAAGCUGGUGAGAACAAGUCUUGCAAGUUUAUCAAAGAAAAUGGCAUUACUUGGGAAGUUAAAAUGACUCCCAGUGGUAACUCUUCCGAUUCAAAUGAGAAAUUGGAUAGUUUAGAUGCAAAAGCAUCACCGGUAGUAUCCGAACCUGUGAAGGAAACAUUCCAGCUGCUCUUCAAGAAACCAGAUGUGUCUUUGGGGCAGACAGUAGAAGCCUUUGCAUCAUGCAUUGUUGGACCAGAUUACUUCUGGUGCCAGUUUUCAAACUCUGAAAUUCUUGACCAAAUCACCCUUGUUGCCCAAGAAUAUGGAAACUCUAGUGAGACACAGCCGAUUAAGGUGGACAAGUUGGAUCCUGGAAGCCUGUGCCUGGCUCGUUUCUGUGAUGAUCAGAUGUGGUACCGUGUGCAGGUUAUCAAUAAAUGCACAAACGUUGUAUCUGUCCUUUUUGUUGACUUCGGAAAUGAGUCCGAAACCAGUGAAGACUCUCUUAAGGCACUGCCUUGUGACUUGCUGGAAAGUCCACCUCAAGCUUUUCUGUGUCAGUUGGAAGGGUUUGAUCCUUCCAAGGGAUCUUGGGACAGUGGUGCAACUGACAGCUUCUACAAGCUCUUAGUGGAUAAACUUCUGAAAGUGACUGUGCAGUGCAUUGACAGUAACCCUCCAUAUUAUGUUAAAGUUGAAUCUCCGCAAUGUCUUGUAAAUGAGCUUAUGAUGAAGUUUUGGAGUGGUUCUGCACAAAAUGAUCAGAACUCUUCUGAGGUGAUUGAAUCCAUUGCAUCAACAUCUGAUCAACAGGUUUCAGAGGAUAAAAUGAGUGUGAGCCUUGAAAUCUCUACAGAGGAUAUGCACACAAUUGAACAACAUGGAGCUGAUCAAAUCGAACCUUUAAAAGUAAAAGGAGACUUGCUUGAUGUACCUGAGAAGAAGGUGGAUGAUCAGCUUGAUGGAGCAGAUGUGAUUGCUGUGGUCACUAAUACUGAUGUCAGUGCUGAUGAUCCUUCAAGGAUGGAUUUAGAUUUAGAAAUCCACAAAGUCUGUCAUGAAUCUGAUGAGGGCAUUCCUGUUGUGUCAACUGAGCAAAUGCUGCUGCACACAGAGAAAAGAAAAUGUAUAGAUGGAUCUGUAAAAGCGGGCAACCCGAAGACGGCAAGCAGAAAUAUAGCUGGUUUAGAAAAUCCAAUUUUACCCAUGGUUUGCACUGAAGAUUCAUGUGACUCUGUUAAGUGCAUCUUCAAAUAAACAGAAUUUUAAGCUUUAUAGUGAAAAGGUAUAAUUUUUUUUUCGUGGGGAAUAUGAAUGUGAACUGACAAAUAAUUGUUUCAAACAGAUAACUCAGCCUUUGAAAGUUAACGAUUUUAUUUUGCCAUGUUGCUUUUAAUUUUAAAACAUAAGAGCCAUGUCUGAUUUGCAAUGUUAGGUUUUGUUGAUACUUUUUUUAUGCAGUUUUUACACAAGUAAUUGUGAACUAAAGUGAUGAUUGUACAGAAAGUGCAAGUGUUUCAGGCCACAAUCCUGCUCUACCUUCACUCAAAAAUUGGUAGUUGAUUUGGAUUACAUAUACAGUGAUAUAUAUUUUUUCUUCUCCUGAUUGUAAAAUAUAUAUAUAUAUAUAUAUAUAAGAAUGUGUAUUCAUUUUUCUUUUAUCUUGAUAAUUGUUUGUUGGAAUAAAAGCAAUUCAUACAAUC